AUUUAUUUCUAAAGAAUUAAACUGGAUUCCAUAUAUGCCUACAAAUUUUCAGAAACCAAAUAUGGAAAAGAAACAAUUUUUAUAGAUAUUUGAUUUUCAAUCUCUUCCUAUAAAUAGACAUUUCCACCAAACCAUAGAAACACCCCAAAUUUCAAAACAAAUUUUACUUGUUGAAGAAGAAGGAAUUAAGGAGAAUGGGAACAGGAAAGAAGAAAAUAGAGAUCGAGAAAAUCACAAAGCAAACUGCUAGAAUGGUGGCAUUUUCGAAAAGAAGGAAAGGACUUUUCAGAAAAUCUGAAGAACUUGAGUCCAUGUCAAGUUCUCGUGUUACCUCUGUUGUUAUUUCACCUUUUGGCAAGCCUUAUACUUAUGGAAAUGUUAACUCUGUUAUAAAGAAGUAUUUUUCCACCUGUAUCCGCCCAGAAAUAUCAACACCAGCGAUGAAUUCUCAUCAUUCCUCUUCUAAUGUUUCUGGUGAAUCUUUAGGGUCAAAAUCUUCAUCGACCCCAAACGGAAAUGGUCUCCGCAAUUGGGUGGAAGGUAUAGAUGUCGAAGAAUGUCAAAAUUUGAACCAACUGUUAAUGUUGAAGAAGCAAUUGGAAGGAACUAGAGAGAAGAUUGUUUCCAAAGAAUCUGAAUCAUUUCAAGCUUUGUUUAUGUAGCAUGUCUCAAUAGAAUGGGUGGUUUAAAAAAUAAGACUUAAGCAUAUUUUUUCAAAAAAAUAGAUUGUACUUUUGUUAAAAUGCAGAAUCAGAAGCAGGCAAUUA